UCGACCUGCUUCGCAAUUUCGAAAAUCACAGCUGUUCUGUCAAUAACGUCAAUAAAACAUUGUGAAAAGUGUACAAUUAUUUGUAAGUGAAACAAAGUUUUCUUUUUCAAUUACAGUUACAAUUUUCAAAAAGAAAAAGUUGAAAACUUUGAGAAACUGAUUCUUGGUGACCUUUUAAGAUAAAAAAUUAUGUAAAGUACGAAAGAGAGGUUAUGUCAUUCGGUUUCUUUUUUUGCUUUUUUAAAAUAAAUUAUUCCUUUUUGUAGUAAAAAUCAGUAUUUUUGUUUUAUCGGAGUGCUACUUUAGAAGUUCGGAAAUUAUCAGAAAUCUUGCAAAUUGCUGAGUGUCUGUGAAAAGACCAAACUUGUGAAGUUCAAGAGAGGUUAUGUUUUCGUCUUCCGUGGAUAUUUUGGAUUAAAGUUCAAAUUUUUGGAAAUUCUGCGAAAUGGCUGAUUACUGGAAAUCACAAGGUCGCAAAUUUUGCGAUUUUUGCAAGUGUUGGCUCGCCGAUAAUAAGCCAAGUAUUGAAUUUCAUGAAGGGGGAAAAAAACACAAAGAAAAUGUGGAAAAGAAGCUCAAAGAAAUUCGCAAAAAUAGCACCAAACAAGCUAAGCAACAGAAAAAAUUCGAAGAUGAUAUCCAAAAAAUGGAAAGCGCCGCCAUGGCUGCUUAUCUCAAAGACGUAGAAAGUAACACAAAAGAUUUAACAGCAGAGUCGAUAAUUCUUCAAAAGAAAUUAAAACCCGAUACCAGCAAAGCAGAAACAAACCCGAACCAGAUGCCGUCUGCUUCAGCAGAAACCAAUCCAAGGUUUCAAAAUACUGUUGGCAGAAAUUUUUCGCACAAUGUGGAUCCCUUCGAUCUGCGAAAGAAACAAAAACCACCCUCGCAUCCGAAAGGUAAUCCUAAUGGAGGAGGCCAAAGCAAACAAAACAAAAAACAGAAAAGUAAAACAACGCACGAAGGAAAUAAGGGAAUUACGAAACGUUGGUACGAAGCCCAGAGUCCCGAGGGAUAUUCAUACUACUGGAACAUCGAAACAAAUGAAACUUCCUGGGAGGUGCCAGAAGAGGGUUUUAUGUCCAUAUCUGAGCAAGAAGAAGAAGCAAAAGAGCAGAAAAUUCAAGAAGAGCUUUUUAAACAACUUGAAGUUGAAGAAGCAAAAGGAAAGGCAGAAAUUUUAUUAGAACAAAAAGCAAAUUCCGAAAGAGAAAAACUCAAGGAAAUAAAAAAAUUACGAGAGGUAGAAAAAGCGGAUGAAGAAGAAGAAAAAAUCCCCUACAGGAGGGACUAUUCUGUCCCAGAAAAGCCCCAACCUUAUGGGUCCUGGACAACGGUUAAUGUUGUUAAAACAAAGCCAAUCGAUUGGCAAUUGCCAACAAAAAAAGAAGCAGUCGCCGCACCAACUUUGCAAAUUGAACAGCCGCCGCCUUCUCAACGGGUUUUUAAAGAAAAAACCGUAAAGAGGAUAAUCACAGGAUCCGAUGACGAAGAAGAAAUUCCUUCAACAUUUAAAAAAAGGAAUUUUGGACAAAAAAAAUUAAGGAAAAGGAUUUCAGAUUGAUCCUUAAUUAUAUAUUAAAUAAAUCGAAUUUUUAAAGCAAUUG